CGGAGAUGCUCCCGGCGGGCCCUGCGCGUUUCCCGCCGCCGCGUCGCCAUGGCAACGCCGUGAGCCCGGCUUGGCGCCGUCAUGGCGGAGCCCAGCGUGGCGGAGCAGCGCUGGCUGCAGGCGGCUCGGGACUUCGCCCGUCGUGCGCUCCCGGCCGGCGAAGGGCCUGGCGGGCCAGAGCCGCCGCCACUGGACGCGGUGCUGCGGUGCCUGCGGAGCGCGGGUGGCGGAGACCUGCCGCUCGGCUACAGUUUCAUCUCCAUCUCUGACCUACAGUGUCAGCAGUGCAUGCCAUGCUGCAGCCACCUGACCUGGAGCACUAAUGAAUUUAAAGAAUGGACUCAUCAAGGACAAGAUGUUUUACCCAUGCAGAGCACUUUGCCAAGGGCUUAUCUGAUCUUGGUUGGCUAUUUAACAGAUGGAAGGCAAGAGGACAAAGUGAAGUUGGUAGAUGGUUGCCUAUACGUGAAAGACAAUACUGGGAUAAUUCCAUGUGAGCUCCUGCAUUUUGAACUUGAGUGGCUGGAGUCACUGUUCCUCUUCCCAAGCUGGUCGUAUAUACCACAGACAGACCAGAGCGCAGCAGGGUACGUGGAAAUCCUGGUGGAUCCAGUACCAGUAUAUCUCCCAAAGGAAGUACCUGACAGCAUUCCAGUCACCUACCCAGCAUCAGCCGAGCCACUGCUUACCUCCAGGAUUCCCUGUAAGAAAAGAUCAAAGCUCACUGUGGCAGGUGAAUUGGCCAAACUCGGGCCUCUCCUUUGUAUUCACCGCAAGACGUUCUUCUUUCUGUUUCUGAAGUCCUUCACCUCAGCUGUUUGGGUCCCUGUGCUGGUGCAGCAGCCCAACCAGCUGGCAUGGCAUCAUAUCCUCCAGUUGGGUCACAGGUAUACAAUAACAGGCCUGAGUAUGUCCAGCCUGAAGAAAUCUGGACACAGGAUGUUUGUCACCGGUGUUUCUUCCUGCCUUCUGCCCUACUGUGCAGAGCAAGUAAGGGAACAACCACUGGACAGUGUUUGGCAAGGAGAAUCCACUCAGUCUUCUUCCCCUGAGGCUGCUGAGCAGCUCAGUGAUUCCUUGCAGCUGGGAGUUGAAGAGGAGAGGCCAGGAUCAACCAAAGAGUCCAAGAUCAUCUCAUAUGUGGGAACUGUCACCAAAAUACUCAAUGUCCAAGCUGGUCUUUUUUUACUGGAUAACGAAGUCUGCUUGUGCCUUGCUUACCAGCAGUUGUUGAACUCUGCACGUGGACUCCGACCAGGAGCAUGUGUGGAACUCAUCGAUGUCCACCUCCUGCAGAAGCCUCUGGUAUCUUUCCCAUUCGUUGUACUUGGUGCUUGUUUGAGCAGCACUGUUGUGCUGAAGAGUUUUUCAAGGCUCAGCACCCCCUAUCAGCCACCAGCCUCUUCAGGAAAUCUCUACUUACAGCUGCUCUUCCGCUACAAUCUUGGUAUGCCACUCUACCUCUGGAUGGUGAGCCUCCUGGAGAUGUUUGAGGAUAGGUUUUCUUGUUUCUUUGGGCGCUGUCGACUGUUGCUUAGAUCUACACACCGAAACCCUGGAGCUGCUGAGAAGUUCCUUGUCCCCCUUAUGCAAGCUGUGGUGCCAGAUACUGAGGAAGCAAGAGAUAUUUAUAAUGAAAUCCUAGCAAAAAUACACCAGUGUCCCCUGCAGAAGUACUUGACCCUGAACCCUCCGUGCCAGGCCCCAUCUUUGUCUACAGUUUGCCAUGUGGCAGAACAGAAGAGCUGGGAAGGCUUCAGUCCAUCACAGCUGCUUUCCCCCUUAGAGGCACAGCACAUGGGCACUCAGGAGCUGAAUCGCAGACUGGCCUGGUCCUACUGCACACUCUCAGCAGGAAGUUUCCAGCCUCGACUGAUACUACUGGGUGUGCUGAGAGUUUCAUCCAGGAGCAGUUCCCUCCAGCUGCAGGACAGGAGCAGCACGCUUCCCUGCGUGAUAUCCCACAAGGAUGGUAGUCCCUUUGCCAAUACAGCUCUCAUAGGAUCGCUCUUGCAGGUGGAAAACUACCAGCUUGUAGUGGAGAGAUUCCUUCAGACUGAUUUUCCCUCCUGGGAGCAGCUGGCAAAUCUGGACCAUGUGAGGGAGAAAAAAACCAGUGUCUAUGUGCAGUUCUACUUUGAGGAUGUUCAGGUUCUCCAUGCUGCUGAAGGACAAAUCCAGAAAGGCCUUAGGAGUGGAAAUGGCUCCUCUUUGAGGAAGAAGGAUGACAGCAGCGUAACGUCUGAGCUGGAAACCCCAGAGGCAAAAAUGCUGAAAUUGGAGGAUCGCAAGACAGAUACUCACAGAAAUGAGAGCUAUGAGAAGAGCCAGAGCAGCACUAGAAGAACUAGCAACUGUGUAUCUCACCUGUUCUUGGUUACCCAGAAAGAGGGGCUUAUGUUACGCAAUUACCAACUACCCAGAAAAGAAGACAGAGAAGGACGGGAGCUGCAGUGCAGUUUCCAAGCCACAGUGCUGUGGCUGGGCAGACCUCAGCUCUGGAGCCACCCCAGAGAAAUUGAGAAUCUACCGGAGCUGGAGGAGACCAGCUGUGAUGGAGAAGAGAGCAUGAUACGGCAAGAAGCACUGCUGCUCUUCAUGGGGAAGUCUCUACGAUGGUUUCCAUUUGUGCACCUGGAUGGGCUGUAUCGCUUCAUUGUGCCCCGCUGCUCGGACUUGGAAGUAUUUGACAAGCUCUGUUUUCCACCUGUGCCAACAAAGUUCCUGAGCAGGUCAUCCUGCCCCCUGUGCCUGCCUGUCCAAGAUACCUGGCACUUACAGCAUGGGACAUGGAUCUCCUGUCUGACUGAGCGCCAGCUGGCAGCCAGGUUGGUGCUGACAGGCAUGGACCAGAGGAUUUUCUCCAUUCCAGAAGUACUUAGCAACAGUUUCACAGGUUCCCUUGUUUCUUUCUCUGGUGAGAUAGUGGAGAGGACCUUGUGUGCCUCUCCCAAGAAUGAGAAGCCAUCUGUGACUGUCAGCCUUCAAAAGCAGAAAGGGAGUCUGCUGGCCAGCGAUCACAGUGUGAAGCUCAGUGUCUCAGUUGCUCCAGGCUCCCCUGUUGUGGUGGACAUUUACAUUGCUGCAACCUAUCUGCAGCAUCUCUGGGGUUUGCUACCUGGAGCCAAGAUCCUCUUCCAGAACUUGGAACGCAAAAUCUCCAGAUUUCAUAACAUUUAUUGCACAUACAUUGCCUCCAGCUGUGUGAGAAUCAUAUCUCUGCCAGCUUCUCACCUACCUAUUCCUUCCAGUCCUGCAGGAGAAGCCUCAUCCCCCUCACUAGUGUUUCUAUCCAACUUGCAACCUCACCUGCAAUACCUGCCCCGGGCACGGAUUUUAUGCCACUUGUCCUGUGUACUGACUCUGUCCCUGCAAUGGGUUUGCUCACUUUGCAGCAGCAUCUUCAAAGAGGGGAGGUGCACCCGACAGAGUCCACCAUGUCCAUCACACAUAGGAGUGAGGCAAGCCAGUGCACGGGUGCUGGUGGAGGACGGAACGGGUGAAGCUUUGGUGCUGUGCAGGAACCAGCACGUGGCAGCAAUGCUGGGCCUGAGCCUUCUUGAUUGGGAAGCUCUGCAGAACUGUGUGCAGAGCAGGGGCAGAGUGUCCAUUCAGCAUGGGGAAGCUACUGGCACCGGGUGUGUAGAGGAACCUGAGGAUUUCAUUGCUUGCUACCUAAGGAGCCUGUGCAGGAGUCCUCUCAUCUGUCGCCCUAUCCUGCUGGAUUUCAGCCUAGACAGGAAGCCCUCCAGGAUCCUGCAGCCUGCUCCACUGCAGCUGAGAAAUUUUCGUUGUGGUGAAGUGGAGUUUGUGUCGCAAGUGGGACCUCAGCCAAGCCUGCUAUGCCUGAAUGUGGAGGAAGUGGAACAAGACGCCUUAAGCUAUCUGAACAGCGAGAGGAUUAGGCAGACAUCUAGUCACCGUGGAGUGGGAGCCACUGCUUAACAUCUUUUCAGUGGGAGAAGAAUUAUGGACAUACCUACUGGGAUUGGGAGCUUUUUUUUAAUCUCCUUUCCAGUGGGAGCACGAGCCUGUGAGCAUGGGGUGAAGGGUACAAUCAAGAAGCUGCUGUGAUCUGUGGAAUUCCUGAAUGGUCAUUCAUUUUUUUAUAUACGCACACCCACACACCCCCACCCCCCCCCAUCCAUUGUCACCAGCAAUACUGGGCUAUGCUUUGGAAGAGAGUUCAGUACUUCCUACAUGAUAGCCAUUGCUUUGGGCCUAGGGCACACAAUGGGUGUAUUUUAUGUGGUAGUAUCUACUAAAUAAAGCUAUUAAGAUACAGUUUAAAUAACACCAUAUCUAUUUCAGUAUCGAGGUUUACUUGCUAUAUGGGGAAUGAGGCAGAAUGUAGAUCCUUGGUUUAUGAGCCAGAGCCAGGUAUUUUGCAGAUCUUUCGCUGUCUUCAUGCAAAACUGUACAGUUGGCACAAGGGAUAGUCUUCUUAACCCAAUUGAAAUUAUUAAAAUGAUGUUUUUAAAGCAUUUCCUUCCUCCAACAGAGAAGGGAAGUGAAUAAGCUACUGUUUGGAGACUAAAUCACGCUACUAAAUCACAGGAUUAUAUGGGCAUUGUUUUGCAGCUUAAGCAGCAGCCUGAACUUUAUGUGGGGCUGGUACAGGAGGAAGGCAGUGAGCUGUGAUACAAAUUCACAACAUGCUACAGGCUUGACCAUCUGUUCCUGAUUAGGAAGGGGAUGACUGCUAUGGCAUAUGCCACUAUCCACAUUGGAGAUCACCAUUUGAAGAGAUUCCUCUCCUGUUUGCUUGCAGUGAUGACCAAGUGUUCUGCACUUGCUUUUGACAAAAUAACAUCCAGAUCCUCCACCUUGUGCUAUAGGCUAGUAAAUUCCAUACAAAAUUAACUCCCUGCCUUAUUCCAUGUGUAGUGCUGACAGCGUAUUUGAACAGCUACUCCGUUUUGGCUUUUGUUUGGUUCAGCGUUUCCCCCCUGCCCUUCCCCCUUAGCUUGAGCUUGAUACUAAACCAGGUGGUGGGUUUAUUGAGCGUGUGUAAAUGGUCUUCCCUCUCAAGGCCUGCUGUCCACUUCCAAGACCAAGGCAUGAGUGGCACAAGACCUGACAGAUGUCACCGUUCAACAAAGCUCUGAGACUCCAUCCUCAAGGAGAUUGCCAAAACAGUUUAAAGGAAAAGUCUACACGAGUUUUGCUGGGACAGUCUCUUUUUCUGUAGGUGUUUUCUGUGAAAUGGUAAAGAUUUUGUUGAAGCUUGCCCCUCACCCUCCCCAAAUAAAACAAAACCAAAAAACCCCAAAAUAAACUAUCUCAGCCAGA